UUAAUUGUGGAAAGUAUUAAUAAUAUGAUGAAAGAAUCACAAAUAUUAGCAUGGAAUGAUUUGAAAGAUGCAAAACGACGGAUGAUAGCUGAUCAAAUGAUGAAUAUUGUGGAUCAAAUCUCUAUGACAAUUAGUACAUUAAUUACUCCUGAUACACCACGUAUUAUCAUGAAACCUAAUAUUG